CACAUCUGGAAACAGCAAUUUCUCCAUUCCCAACUGGUAGCUACCUCGAGUGAUCCAGCUAGCUAACGAACGAACGCUUCAAAUUGAAAAAUCUGUAUUUUGAGAGUUCUGGGUUGAUGUUCCAUAUCCACUUUGCUACUCGUAGAACCUCCGUUUGGUAAAAUUCGAAGAAUAAUAGAGAUUAUUUUAAUCCAACUGCACAAAACAAGUGCAAAGUUAAUAGCUAUAUUUCAGCUAGCAUUGCUAGUUAGGAAAGCUAACGGUACGGUAUUUUGUUUUCUGAUAUUUGGCUAAAAAGGCGGGUAUUCUUUUUCGCCAUCCCUCCAUCAGCUUGUUAUUGCUCAUUAGAAGACUGUAGUAAAUCGUAGCUAGCGUGCUCGUUAGCUUGAUAUAAUAUCGUGCGUAUUCAGCCAGGAAGCCAAUUCAAGGCCUUGCUUACCACCAGUCUUUUCAUCGUCGUGCAGUGAGAGCUGACAGCUUACUUGGUGACAAAGAGACUUCUCCCUGAGGAGCCAAGAAGUAGACGGCUCAUGACUUCUGACCAGGAUACAAAAGUUGUAGCUGAACCACAGGUGCAGCAAGUACAAGAAGCAAAAGAGAGCUCUCAUCUGGAAUCCGCCAAGUUUUCUGACCUGAACCCCAAUGCGAAAGCAUGGGCCAAUCACAUGCUUAACCUGGACACCGCCACUGGGACUGCGAACACACCUGCUCUCCAGCCAUGGAAGGAUGGCUGCGAUAGCAGCUCAGCUGACCCUGGGCCAGAAGGCUAUGAAGCCAGCAAAGACAAAGUGUUUGAGGAGCCACUGUUAGCCGACCCAGAUGAGCCUCCGCCGGUGAUGAUGGCAGAGCCAGCCGCCACUGUCACCCUGGAGUGCUCCGACCCUGCUGCAUACCCAGAGUCUGGCCAGGAGGCAACUCACACAGGCAGUGAGCCCCAGCAGGAGAGCUGUCAGGAGGACCUCCGGGAACACCUGAAGAAGACCCUGGAGUUCUGUCUGUCUCGGGAGAACCUGGCCAGCGACAUGUAUCUUAUCUCUCAGAUGGAUAGUGACCAGUAUGUGCCAAUCGUGACGGUAGCUAACCUGGACCACGUCAAGAAACUCAGCACGGACGUGGAGUUAAUCGUUGAUAUCCUACGAUCUCUGCCAUUGGUCCAGGUAGAUGAGAAGGGGGAGAAGGUGAGACCCAACCAGAACCGCUGCAUCGUCAUCCUCAGAGAGGUCCCUGAGAGCACUCCUAUAGAGGAGGUCGAGGCUCUUUUUAAAGGAGAGAACUUACCUAAAUUCAUCAAUUCUGAGUUUGCCUACAACGACAACUGGUUCAUCACCUUUGAAUCUGAAGCAGAUGCACAACAGGCAUAUCAGUAUCUUCGUGAAGAAGUGAAAACCUUCCAAGGGAAACCUAUUAAGGCACGGAUAAAGGCGAAGGCAAUUGCUAUCAAUACUUUUAUGCCAAAGAAUGGCUACCGCCCGGUGGAGGUGAACCCGUAUGCUCAACAGCAGCAGCAGCAACAACAACAGCGUUACACCUCCUACUACAUUCCUCCAGUGUACAGCCCUCAGCAGCAGUUCCCCCUCUACAGCCUCAUCACUCCACAGGCCUGGUCAGCCACCCACAGCUUCAUAGACCCUUCACUGGUUACAUCAUUUCACAACACCCAAUUCAUCAAUGGAUUUACAACAUCCCAUAGUUUUAAACCAGCGACGUCUCCUCUUGCUGGUGUUAGGCACUACUCUCCCAGGAAUAGGAAUCACACUCACAGUAAACCACACCUGAGGCCCACAAUACCCAACGCAGAUCAGCGCGGCACAGGGCUCCUGGACAGCCCCACCAUCUUCAACUUCCCAACAGAGCGCAUCCUGAACGGGGUGCCCCGGGGUUCCCCCCAGACGACGCGGCUCCCGAGCCAGAACAGAACCAGGUUACCCCCCUCCACCAUGACCUACCCCAGGAGGGACGUCGGUACGGGUCGGGUGGAGCCCGUCAGCACCGACUACUCACUGGGCAUGGGCCGGGGAAGGACAAAUAUUUAUGGUUCUAGGAAAAAGAGGGACGACAACAAGUUUACAAGAGUGGCCACCCAGUCGCCCCCUCCUCAGAAGCCCCCGUCCCCCAGCUUUGAGCUGGGGCUUUCCAGCUUCCCCCCCCUUCCUGGGGCUGCAGGCCACCUCAAGACCCCUGACAACAUGUUUGAGAACAGACUGGCCAGCAUGGUAAUAGGAACCACAAAGGACAGGAAUGUAAGCGUUGAUGCCAGCGCUGCAGGUGCCCUCCUCCCCUCAGGAGGACCCAAGGAGCCACUGAGGACUGUCACGUCUCCACAGCCCCCGAGCCUCCAGCCCGCUGCUCCACCAGCCCCGACCCUAGCACCAGCCUCUGUCCCUGUCCCUGCUUCCUCCCAACCCGCAGAGGAAAUGAAGGUUCCGGAGGUGAAGCAGAAGGAGACCCGGGUCUCUGUGGAGCUGGUCACUGACACCCUGUACACCGCUAGCAAAUCUGUUCAAGUCAAUGGGGCUGCUACAGAACUGCGAAAGCCCUCUUACGCUGAGAUCUGCCAGAGGAUUAAAGACCACGCACCGACACUACAGGCCGCUAAAGAGGCCAAGCCAGCCAGCAGCACUGCCUCCACAGGAGAAGAGAGGAAGUGCCCUGAUGCCGCCCCAGGGGACAGGAGCGAGCCCAAGGCCCCCCGAGAGACAUACCCAGGCUCCUCCAAGCCUGCUACCACAGGCAGACCCCGAGAGGUCCGGAGACCAACCGGCCGGUGGCCCUCACCACCUCCCCACCACCCAGGGAAGGGUCCCAGCAGCAAAGAUCUCAACACCCCCCCAAAGUACCUGCAGUAACUCCUAACUGCAAUCAAGUCAAUUUCAAAGCAAACACGUGAGAGGAAAGAAAUCUGGAAAAAGUCAGGGCUAUUGAAAUACAACCUAUCCUAAAAUCACCAGUCAGUCACAGCAUAGAGAGGAUGCAUUUCUGGAUCAGGGCUUACUGACAAUAGCACGUUAGUGUGCAUGUAGAGCACUGUUCAUCAUAUUUACUUAUUUAUUUUUGGGGUUUUUAUUUGUUUCUUUCAUUUUAAUUUUUUUUUGCAUUAUUUUGUGUCAAUCUGUAAAAUGUACUGUUGUUCAGAUUAGUGGGAUAAAUUCAUAUGUCCAAACUGCCUUCCAAGAUAGUAUUGUGAGAGUAGGUAGACCAUCAAUGGAAGCCACCCAGUGAGUGAAUGAAAGGACACAGAUGAGCAACAGAAUAACGGUUUAGGUCUUGUUAGUUGUGGGAAUGUCUCUGUAUGUUGUAUGCAGUCUUAUUAAGAUGUAAUGUGAUUCCAUUGCAUUGUCCCAAAUGACACCCUAUUCCCUGUGUAGUGUACUAUUCUCGGUCGAAAGUAGUGCACGACAUACGGAAUAAGGCGCCGUGUGGGACGCAUCCAUAAUGGUUUUUACGUAUUUGCGUUCAUAUGCAAGGUCAACUAGUCUAGUCUCAUUUUACGGACUGAGGGAUUUCUGAGAUUACCUUUUUGCCAACAUGGAACUCUAUGUCAUUGUAACACCAGCAUAUGAGGAGAAUACGUUUAUUUGCAUACUGGUUUUGAUUGUUGGUACAAGUACUACUAGUUGUUGCAUGCUGGUGGUUUUGAGAGCGCCUUAGUCUUUCUUUAUCUGGCAUUUCUUGUGGUAAACAAUAACAUUUAGUUGUUUUCUGCUAUCUCAUUCACAGGAGUCUGUUUCCUAGCCAUAUAAAGCAUAUUGCUAGUUAGGCCUCUUAGAGAGGUACUAUCAGUGUCAGUAGAAAUCUACAUGUAUUUUGAUCUCAGAAAAAACGGAUAAAUUCAUCACAUGGUGUCGAUUGGUGACUCUUCUCGUUCUUCUAUUUUGCUGUGAAACAAGCAUGUCAAAGACUAGUUCAGCGGGCACAUGUUGGCAAUGGAAGUGGCUAGGCUACUAUAAGGAGUAGGCAGUAGGGUUUUGGCAGGGUGCAGUGACUUCAUUAUUUUAGAUAGCUAUGGUGCUAGAGGAUGAACCUGGAACGUGUUACUUCAAUUAAUCUGGUACUGUACUUAGAUAAUAAUACUUGAUACAUGUCGUCAACUAAACUUUGCACUAUUUGUUUUGUUUCUGGAUUAAGAAAUCCAUAUUUUAACUACAUAUCAGAAGCAAAAAGGGAACCUAACAUGUGAAGCUAGUUUCAUAUUCUCUGAAAUGUAAAGACGAAUAUUGAAAGUUCUGAUAGUCACAUAAUAAGCCCUUUAAAAUUUCAGUUAUACAACAAAUUCAGUUUUUUCCCCUCUUGGAUUUCAACUGUCUUGCCAUUUGACUUGCACAUUAUUAUUAAAUGUUGUGACAGGGUAAUCAGUUUCAGAAUAUCUAAAUGUUGACACAUUUUAUUAACCUCUACACUGAGAAAUUCACACACGUUCAACUUUGUUUGUUUACUGCCAUGUAAAUGCCUACUAGACAUAUUUCUGUGCAUGAUGAAAAUAACUUUAGUCUUGUUAUUUUCUUUUGUGCUCACUUUCAUUUGAUUUAAACCUAUGGAGUCCCACUAACUGGCUUAUUUUUGCAGUGGCGUUUUAUUUUGUUUUGCUUUUGAGGUAGUGAAUUGUGAAACCACUGGUACGUGGUGUUUUUUUGAAGCUGUUUCAGCUUAUUCAGUAUUAUAGUAGCUAAUUGUAAUGUGGGUUUACACCUUAGAGCAGAGUUUCCCAAACUCUGUCCCGCCCCACCCCCCUGGGUGGACGUUUUGGUUUUUGCCCUAGAACUACACAGCUGAUUAAAAUAACCAACUAAUCAUCAAGUUUUGAUUAUUUGAAU